AUGGUCGCCACCUCCUCCUCCUCGACAAGCAUCGUCCUCCUUCUCGCCGUUGUGCUCGCGACUUCUUUCCUGUGCUCCUACGGCGCCCACGCACUCACCUCCGCCCAGCGGGACGCCGUCCUGAAGGCCCACAACGACUUCCGCGCCCUCAAGGGCCUCAGGUCCCUCACCUACAACCUCGACGCCGAGACCUUUGCCCAAGGCUACGUGGACACGGGCGAGUGCACCCUGGACCACUCGGGCAGCGGCACCUAUGGCGAGAACCUCUACUGGAGCUCGGGUAGUGGCACCACCACCCUGGUGCCGGCCGUCAACUCCUGGUACUCGGAGGAGCCCUACUGGUCGUGCCAAAACAACAACUGCCAGUCCAACAAAAUGUGCGGCCACUACACGCAGGUGAUGUGGAAUAACACCCAGUCCGUGGGUUGCGGCCUCCGUACCACGUGCACGGGCACCUACGCCACCAUGAUCUCCUGCAACUACUACCCUCCGGGCAACUACGGCCAGCGACCCUUCCCCCUGACGAUCUGUCCCGGCUACCCCUACUUCAAGAACGACAAGUUCGUGCUCACCGUCACGCUCAACACGACUGCGAGCUCCUACUCGGCAGCCAGCUUCAAGACCGCGCUCAAUAACGCGCUCAAGCUGGGGGACACCGAUCGGGUCUACAUCAUGUCCACGAGCCCGGCCGGCUCUGGCCUGCUCGACGUGGAGUUCUACAUCGUCACCGUGGGCAGCUCGUCGGGCUCGACCGUCGCUAACAGCCUCGUGACUCGGGUGCACAACAAGGACUCGUCGCUGGCCGCCGCCGGUCUCCACGCCACCCAGGCCAGCUACUCCACCGGUAGCUCGGGCGCGUCGCUCGCCUCCUGGGUCGACCUCUUUCUAGGCCAGACCACCCAGAUGUGUACUCUUUAA